AUGAAGACCCUGUUCCUGGCCAUCAGCCUCGGCCUCAUUGCUGCCCUGCAGGCCCAGGACCUCUCGGCCGCGGACGAGGAGAGUGAGGAUGUGUCAGGGAAGUGGUAUGUGAAGGCCGUGACAACCGACAAGGAGAUUCCUGGGAAGAUGCUGGAGUCCGUGACUCCCUUGACCCUCGCGGCCCUGGAGGGGGGCAACCUGGAAGUCACAAUCACCACUCUGGUAAACGGCCAGUGCGAGGAGGUAAAAAUCAUCCUGGAGAAAACAGACGAGCCGGGCAAAUACUCGGCCUUCGGGGGCAAGCACACAGUGUACAUCAUCAGGUCGUCUGUGAAGGACCACUACAUCCUCUACUGUGAGGGCGAGCUGCACGGGACGCAGAUCCGAAUGGCAAAGCUCGUGGGCAGAGACACCGGGAACAACCAGGAAGCCUUGGAGGACUUUAAGGAGGUCACGGGGGCCAGAGGACUCAGCUCGGAGCACCUCGUCAUCCCCAAGCAGAGCGAAACCUGUUCUCCAGGCAGCGAUUAG